CUCAUGGAUUUGUUAGAGUAUUUGUUCGAUGCAAAGAUAUUGAUUGGCUUUGGAGUAGGUGUAUUAACAGCCUCUCUAAGUCUAAUCACGACGCUGAGAGAACACAAUCGAGAAAAUGCGCAAUCUAAGAUGAAAUUAUCAAAUAAAUCUAUUCCCUCAACUUAGGAUUUAAAACAAGUAUAUAUCAAAGUAAAUGAAAAACUAUUAUUUUAGAACGAUCCCUCGUCAAAAUAGAAGAAAAAAAAUAAUCAGAACACUAAUCUGACGGAGCCAAAUAAAUAAGAUUUAUAUUUCAACUUAGAUGAUGGUGUUAGAAAAAAAAUAAAAGUCCAAAAGACUGAUGAAGAGUCAUCUUCUUAGGAUCAUUAGUCAUCCUUGAGUAUAAAGUAGGAUGAUAAUUCUUAAAGCUCCCUUCCAUUAAAUAACAGUAAAAAAUUUUAUAUUAUAUAGUAAAUAAUUAAAAUGAAAGUAAUCAAGGUUUGAAAGAAAAAUCAGAUGUCCCCUAACCUCCAAACUAAGAAGGAGGUCAUUAAACCAAAAAAAGUGCAUCCGAGUCACAAGACAAAGAAAAACAAGAUUCAGGCAUUCAAGUUGAAUAAGGCAGAGAAUACGAAAAAGAGGACAAUUGA